AUUAACUACACUCUCUGUCAAUCCUAAUGAGAAACUGACGAUCAGAUCGCAACAAACCACUCCCCAAUCCUUAAUCUCUGUUUACACAUUCCUUCUCUUUAAUCGAAAUGGUCUCUAACUCCUAAUCUGAAAAUCGAAUCUUUCUUACAUCAGAACAGCAUUUGAUCUACACUUUUCAAGCCAUGUCGACUUGUUCGACAAAUGAUCAGUUGGAUGCUGUUGUAAUUUGAAAUAGGUUUUGUAAUCUCUUGAAGGAUAGAUCUACUGAACUGUGGAUUCAUGAUGGCUUGUCGUCGUGAUGUUGAUUUUGUUGGUUUGCACUUUGAUUUUUGUUGAAUAAUGGUGAUGUGGAUCUCAGAUUGGUCGAUUUUCUGGUGUGGUUCUUUGUAUCAUCCCUUAUUUGGAGGAACAUUGUAUUUGGUUGUGGCCUUGUUUGAAAAUAAUUCGAGGUAAUUAUUUCGCAAUUUUUGUUGUCAAAGUAUGAUUCUACCUUAAGAACUUGUGGGUGUUGUUGAUUAGCCCUUCUUAGCUUCUAUUUAUGGUUCAAUAUAUCAUUUGAAGCUCAUUGUAAAUGUGGGUCUGGUAGAAAGUUAGAGGAAUUGGGCUUUUCGGGAUAAAUGCAAUUCAGUUUGAUGGGUAAGUGAGAAAAUGUCUUUUAAGAGUAUAAUUCAAGACAUGAAGGGUGAUUUUGUGAGCAUUUCCAGAAAAAAACCGUUUGAACUAAAGUUUAGUUAUGGGUUGAAGUCGAGGUCGAGGUCGCACCGAGUGGUUCAGGAUACUUCGGUGGCUGUUGAUGUGUUGAAGCAGAGUUGUUGGGCUAAUAUGCCUCCUGAGCUCUUGAGAGAUGUGUUGAUGAGGAUAGAGGCGUCCGAGUGUACUUGGCCUCCUCGGAAGGAUGUGGUUGCUUGUGCUGGUGUUUGUAGGAAUUGGAGAGAAAUUAUGAAGGAAAUCGUGAAAAUCCCGGAGCUUUCUGGCAAUUUGACGUUUCCGAUCUCCUUGAAACAGCCUGGUCCAAGGGAUUCUCUCCUUCAGUGUUUUAUUAAACGGAACCGUAGCACCCAAACAUAUCGCCUUUACCUUGGUUUAAAUCAAGCUUCACAUGAUGAUGGGAAGUUCCUUCUGGUUGCACGGAAGUGUCGACGUCCCGCUUUCACAGAUUACAUAAUUUCUCUAAAUGCUGAAGACAUGUUCAAGGGAAGCAGCACUUGCGUUGGGAAGUUGAGAUCUAACUUUCUGGGAACCAAGUUCACGAUAUAUGAUGCACAACCUCCAAAUGUGGGAGUCAAAUUUACUAGAUGUAAUUCCUCUAAGCUAGGGCACAUGAGACAAGUCUCCCAGAGAGUUCCUGCUGUAAACUAUCCUGUAGCUCAUAUUUCGUAUGAGCUGAAUGUCUUGGGUUCCAGGGGUCCAAGGAGGAUGCAGUGUGUCUUGGAUGCGAUCCCUGCUUCUGCUAUUGAACCAGGAGGAGUGGCCCCCACGCAAACUGAAUUCAUGCUUAGCAAUAUAGAAUCCUCGAUAUCUCUUCCAUUUUUUAGAUCAAAGUCUACUCGAAUGGAUAUUUUUCAAUCUGGAAAUUUGUCCACCCAGAAGGAUGGGAUGUUGGUUCUGAAGAACAAGUCUCCUAGGUGGCAUGAGCAGCUCCAGUGUUGGUGUCUGAACUUCAAUGGACGUGUGACAGUUGCUUCAGUAAAGAACUUUCAGCUUGUUGCUUCACUGGAUAAUGGAGUUUCUGGGCAAGAACAUGAAAAUGUUGUUCUCCAGUUUGGAAAAGUGGGGAAGGAUGUGUUCACCAUGGAUUAUCAGUAUCCAAUCUCAGCUUUCCAGGCAUUUGCCAUCUGCCUCAGCAGCUUUGACACCAAGAUUGCUUGUGAAUGACUUGCAAACAGGUGCCUGCCGCUAGCCCCAUCAAUGUUCUUGCAGACAACAGUUGAAAUUCAUCAAUAGAAUUCGUCACUUAUAGUACUGCUUCUUGUAUGGUUUGAAUUGUGAAAAUAAAUAGAAACCACAUAUUUCUUCGUGCUCAACUUUUCUGGCAAACCGUGACAUAAUUCAUCUCUCCAGUCUGAAACUGUAUGACCAUAGAAUGAGUAUCAUGUGGUUGUAACCAUCAUCCAAAUUCCUGAAUUUUCAAGGUUCUUGUUGGUCACUUGAUGCUGCCAUUCUCAUCUGUUUAAUGCCUUUCUAGAUACAUUUGUAAAAUUCUAUUUGAAGCCAUAGCUGUCAUCAUAGGCUAUUAAGGAAUUCAAACUUUCUUUUUAGUUUCUUCGCAAACCCUAUACUAUUUUCGAUUUUCAGGC